UUUAACUGACGGUAGUAGGUACUACAUGAGAACAGUCGUGUACCUAUACUCGUAUAUGUAAUGUAAUGUGAUGUGAUGUUGUAAUAGGUAUUGUAGUUAUGCGUUAAGAAUAAUGAAUAAUAAUUGUGAUAUAACUUAUAAAAAAAAUUUGGUGAUUACUGAGAUUUUGGAAUCCGAAGAAUCAUACGUAAAUCAUUUGAAAGAAAUAGUAGUGAAUAUUUUUAAACGAAUUAGGAUUGGCCAAUAAUAACGUACCACAAAUUGCUCACUGUUUUUUAAAUAACCAUCUUAGGUUUAUUAUUUAUUUGACAUACUGCAUCAAUUUUCAAAAAUCUGAUGCCAUAAUAUCAGAAAUAACACAAAGUCGACCGUCAACCAACAUUAUACAUCAAAGGCAAAAUGAAUUAGGACAUCGUCUUCCUCUUGGAUCUUAUUUGGUAUUGCCAGUACAGCGUAUUUUAAGAUACCAUUUAUUGCUUAAGAAAUUAGCAGCAUAUACUUUAAAUAACGAAACUGAUCACUCUUUAGUCGUGAAAGCUCACGAUAAAAUGGUCCUCUUAGCAAAAAUUAUUAAUGAAACGAAAAAUAAAUAUGAAAAAGAAGGCCGUAUUAAGGAUAUACGAUUAAUGAUUCAACAUUUGAAGGAUAAAACAAAUGUCAAUAUAUCUAACAAUUGUUUUGAAUUACAUGCUGAAGGCGAUUUAAUGAUCGCGGGAACGAAGAAGAAACUUCAUGUGAUUAUAUUGAACAAUAUGUUAUUGAUUGUCAAAGAACAAAAAUGUGGACUGUUGGAAUACAAAGCUCAUAUAUUGAGUCGGAAUAUCACUAUUAUUGAACAUGUGAAAGGAAAUCCAUUGGGUUUUCGUUUAGUAUCCAAUGCUGGACCUAAACAUUCGUUUACAUUGCAAGCGACCUUAGCGGAAGAAAAGAUGUUUUGGGUUAAAAUGUUAAACGAUAUUAAAAAGGACACUUCAGAGCUUUCAAGAAUUGGCUUUGCUGAAUUGAUGGCCAAAUAUUUCUACAUACCUAGAAGUAUUUAACUAAUUAGCUAUAGACAGAUAUUACCAAAAAUAGUUUUAAAUUAAUUAUCGAUAGGUACCUACUUAUUAUAUUAAAUCAUGUUAAAUGUAUAGGUAGUAGAACUUAUAAUUCAAAUAUAAAUAAAUAUAAAAAAAAUUGAAUAAUUAUUAACGGAAGAACUAAAUAGUAUUUAGAGCUUAUAAUGACAUUUAUAUUGUUUAAUAUUAUAAUUUAUAAUUGUAUAUGUACCUAUAAUCAGUAUAUGCCAGUUACAACACAAACACAGAAAAAAGGUUAUUUUUUUAUAUAUAAAUAUAUUUUAAAAGCUCUAUGUUAUUGUCCCUUUGACGAACCAUAAUUCUUAAGCAAUAAAAAUUAACGUGUAGUUGUGUAAAUGUGUAAACUACGUUGUUAUAAUAAUUAUUUAUACAAAUACUAAUAGUUUAUAUGAAUUGAGUAUACUUUUACCAUAUAAUAAUAUAAUCAAUCACGGGAAUAAUGAUUUAUGUAGCUCGUUCCUCGUACAGUCGUCCCUAUAAUGAUAAUUGCUUUUUACAGUUUUAUGAGUAACACACUCAAUACUCAAUAGCAUAUUGGAAUUGCAUAAUAUAAUUGAAUUUUUUACAUCUCACGCUUAGUUAUCCGUUUACGGACGAAGUUCGCAGUUAAAACGAACCUCGGAAAAUGUAAGUAGACCGACUGGUUACAGAGCUUGAAAAGAAGUAUCGGUGGCCAAGCAAUAACGAGUGUUGUAUACCAAUCGGGACGUGAUGGAUUUACAGAUACCAAACAAUGAGUCAUAAUAAUAUAUGUAUCGGUAUAGACUAUAGAGCUACUACCCAAUAGCGUAUAUAUUAUAUGUGCGUGUAAGCGUGUUUGAGGAAUCUCUGCGAUUUCCUGUUGACUGCAACCAGUGCUGCAGUUGUAUUGUCGUCGUCGUCGUCUGUUCGCAAUCGCAGUCAAUACGGUAUUGGCACAUUCACGAUUGAAAAUUAAGAUAUUUUCAAGCCGAAUCCCACGUGCAAGUACCUCCGAUCAUCUCUGUAAGAUACUGCAGGCAGACAUGCACAAAAUAAAACGCCCACCAAAAAUAUAAUAUUAAAUGCGUAGAACAAGAGCCGCGAGUCUCAAUACUUAUGAUACGACUAAUGUGCUACUAUAGAGAUAUAUGUAUCUAUAUAACGAGACAAAUUUAAAAAUAUUGUUGCAGACUUGCAGCUAAUAACAAAGUUUUUGUAUAGGUACAAAGAAAAGAAAUUUAAAUUCAUCAAAAUGCCAUUGAUAAUAACAAUUCAAUUACAAUCACUGAAUCAAAUCUGAAAAUCGCCAUAUUAUAUUAUGUUAACGUGUUUGGCGCGGGGGCUCGGCUCGGCGUACGAUAUUUUCGGGAUACAGAACAAAAAACAACAUACGUUCCAAAAGUCCUGUAUGUAAGUAUCACUGUGAUACCAGCGUGACAUACCAGUAGAUUUAAAUGCGUUUUUUCAUCAGUAAUCGAAUCAUUGUCUGAUAUACGGUACUGUUGAAAAAACGGCAGUAAAAUGAUAAAAUUGUUAUUAUAUUUUUAGGGAUUUUUGGGACAUUCGUAUAAGGACAUUACAAUAUGGUAGUAAUACGCGAUAAUAUGCGAUGACGAUCUAUCUAUACGCACCUACAACCCACCACCGUCGAAAUGUUUAUCCUUCACCACGACCGCGGUCCCGGUAACCCGACCACGAUACACGCCUCCCCGCGGGUGCCCUUUGCAGCGACCACGACGUAGAUGAAGAAUCUUCUCUAAAUCGCGGUGGCAGCGAUCGUGUGACGGGUCCGCCUGCAGACGCCGCGCGCGCGUCUCUUUGUUCCGGCCGUGUGAAAAAACCCGCGUCGUCGACCCGCAGCGAUCGUCCACGGGGGCGUUGCACCGGCCGCCACGGAGAAGAACGC